AUGCCCUCCCCUUCCCUCGCGAUGCAGGGCCCAGAGCUUGCUGCUGCUAAAGGCAGCAGCAGCAGCAGCAGCAGCAGCAACUGCUGCUGCAACCACCAGCACCCGGACACGGGGGAUGCCUUGCCGCCCUCCCCCGCAGCCAAGGACGCCGGAGAGCAGCAGCAGCAGCAGCAGCAGCAGCAGCAGCAGCAGCAGCAGCAGCAGCAGCAGGAGGGUUUUGAAGACGUCGAGGUGUACAUGGUGUGCCCCGCGACGGCGGCGUGGGCCCAAUCCGAGCUGCUGCGCAGCAGCGCAGCAGCAGCAGCAGCACCAUCAGCAGCAGCAGCAGCAGCAGCAGCAGCAGCAGCAGCAGAGGAAGACGUGGUGCGGGCCUGCCAGUGGCUGGUGCUCUCCGGGUGUAUCCGCAGGGUCACCUGGCGCAGCCCCCUCGUGCUGCAGGGCGAGCUGCUGCAGUGUGGGGUUGUGCUGCUGCCGCAGCAGCAAACAGCAGCAGCAGCAGGAGAGCCUGCUGCUGCUAGGGCCUGGCUGGCCAAGUACGCCGCCCUCGCCUGCUCCGUCGACCUGCUGCUCAAGGACGCCAGCAGCAGCAGCAGCAGCAGCAGCAGCAGCAGCAGCAGCAGCAGCAGCAGCAGCAGCAGCAGCAGCAAAAGGACACUCUGCGCUCUCUUGCCAGUUUUGGGAGGCCCAGGCCUUUCCCAUAGACUCCCAGGAGACAGUCUCUGCUGCAGUCAUACCUUACACCUACACACCAGCAGCAGCAGCAGCAGCAGCAACAGCAGCAGCAGCAGCAGCAGCAGCAGACGCGCUGUAAACCCUCAGUGCCUAGGGGCCCCCCUGUCUCUCGAGUGUCUCUUUUGGCUGCCUUCACUGCAGCAGCAGCAGCAGCAGCAGCAGCAGCAGCAACAGCAAAUGCAGGGAGCGGACAGGAUUAGAGGCAACAUUGCUGUGCCUGUUUCCGCGUGGGCGGCAGCAGCCGGCAUCAACGCUGCUACCACAAGAGCCACAAACCCCCAGUAUAUCUUAUGGCCCCCCUCUACAGGCUCUGCUGCAUUUGCUGCUGCUGCUGCUGACAGCAGCAGCAGCAGCAGCAGCAGCAGCGUGUCUAGCUGCAGCAGCACGACGGCGUCGUCUUCAGGAGCAGCCGGCGCAGCAGCAGCGCGCAGGCCGCAGCAGCAGCAGCAGCAGGCACUGCCAGCUGCAGCCAGCAGCAGCAGCAGCAGCAGCAGCAGCAGCAGCAGCUUGCUGGCCCCAGAAGAUGACCCUUACUGCCCCCUGUCUUAUCCAGAAGAAAGAGUUUCUCUUUCUAUGGAGCUGCUGAUGCAGUCCCUUGAGUCCGCUGCUGCCAUGCGGCCGCUGCAGGUCACAACAGCUCUUAUGGAUUCUUUCAUGUAUGUGCAGAUCGAGAACUCCACAGGGUUUAUGCAGGGCGCGGGAAACACCCCCGCGUUGGUGAACAGUUUGUUGACUUCGCUGUGCAACAUUUCGCCCUUCUUUAGGGGCGCGGGAAACACCCCCGCGUUGGUGAACAGUUUGUUGACUUCGCUGUGCAACAUUUCGCCCUUCUUUAGGGGAGACCUCCCGGUGACGCUGCGCCCCCAAGAGCAGUACAGCGUGCUGCUGCGUUUAGACGAGGCCUUUUUGUCUUAUGGGGGCCCCCAUUGGGGGCCCUCCAGCAGCAGCAGCAGCAGCAGCAGCAGCAGCAGCAGCAAAGGAAGCCUGGGCCCCGCGGGCGGGGGCAAGGCGGUGCUGCCGCUGUGCCUCAAGUGGCACGUUGCUGGGUCCAGGGGCCCCGCAGUUUGGUCUCAGUUUGGGGCUGAGUGUCAGCUGCCAGUGCGCCCUCCGCUGCAGGUCAGCGUCAGCUGCCUGGGCCAGGGAAGGCAGGGGGGCCUCAUAACGGCGGUGCUGUCGGUGGCGAAUAACGGGCCUUCAGAAGUGGACGUUUUGGCGCUGCUGCCACGGGACCUGCACUACCAGCAGCAGCAGCAGCAGCAGCAGCAGCAGCAGCAGCAGGGUGCUGCGGGGGCCGGAGCAGCCGCAGGCAGCAGCGGCAGCAGCAGACACAACGCCGGCAGGCGCAGCCGCAGCAGCGGCCAGGCCACGCCCGCACUCAUUCCCCUCAGCUCGAAAAAGGACCUCGGGUCAGCGCCUAGGGCGAAUCAGCCCCGGCAGCAGCCAGGCGGUGUACCUACAGUUCGUCGCCACCCGCAGCGGACUCCAUUUGCUGCCGCCGGUGCUGCUGGUGGACCGCAGCAGCAGCCGCAAGGCUUUGGCCCGGGGGGGGCAGGUUUUGGUGGCUUGAAGCAGCAGCAGCAGCAGCAGCAGCAGCAGCAGCAGCAGCAGCAGCGGCGGCAGCAGCGGCGGGGGCGGCAGCGCGCUGCUGCUGCAGCACGCGAAGCAGCAACUUCAAAUCCAGUUUGA